AUUACUUAUCUUCCUCAACAAAUAGACCACCACAAGUCCACAGCUAGUAGUUCAUGUAUAAAUAAAGCUCUCGAGUUUCAACUGUAUCGAUAUAUUGAGAUUGGCUUGAUCUGGUAGGGUGAGAGAGUUACUGGUUAACAGAAAGUAAUAGUUUCAUCCUUUUUCCCAAGAAAAAUGCUGGAAGGGAAGGCAGUGAUAGGGGAGACGGACAUGCUGCAGAACAUGCAGCAGGUUGCACUCGACUUGGCUGCUAAGGCGCUCGACUACUUUGACGUCACCGAAGCCACUGACAUCGCCCGCUUCAUCAAGAAGGAAUUUGACAGAGCAUAUGGGCCGGGGUGGCAGUGUAUCGCGGGGACAGAUUUCGGGUCAUUCGUGACCCAUUGCUCUGGCUGUUUUAUAUACUUUUGCGUUGGGAGCCUUGCGAUUUUGCUCUUCAGGGGCUCAGCGGGAUCAGAUGCUGAGGCAACUCAAUUCUCUACCUUGGAGGCAAUUAAAGCAUAGAUAUUCAAUAUAAAGUUCUUCUCCCCCCUCCCCUUCUAGCUUUUCACUACUUUCCAUCAACAUAGACUCGAAAGGAUAUGAAAAAAACAUCUGUUCAGUUGUUCGAUGUGGUUCUUCUGCUCGUAUUUGUUCCAAGCAGAGACCUUGUUAAAUCGAAACAAUGGCACUUUUGGUCGAGUUGAUUCCUUAUCCCUCUUUUUUAUUUUUAUUUUUAUGUUUUGGCACGACAUACUUGUUUCUGUAUAUAUACUAUAUGCAUGUAAUUACUGCAUUUUUCAUGUUAUUUUUCCCGUUUUCUCUCGUCC